AUGUCCAACCACACCCCAAUUCGUUAUAUUUCCUCGGGCCGUGGUAAUACAGAGAUCAUGAAUCGGACGAUGGCAGAAAAGGUGUUUUCAAUUUUCGGGUUACUCCUCAUAGUUUUAGUCCUAAUAACAGAUUCCAGAAAGUUAGAUUGCACGAAGUUUGUUUUCGCACCAAAAUGUCGUGGAGUAGCUGCCAAGAGAAACACUGAUUAUAAUUUCCCAAUCAUUCCUUCACAUCAAAGAUUACAGUCAAAAAUAGUGCCUAGUUUAGAAGAUAAUUGGACAUCCGAGGACGACGAUUCUUUACAGUUUCUUAAAGGAUUAAGAUAUCUAAUAAGCAAAAUGAACAAUAAACAACCCUCGCCACCAUACUCAACGGAUGAUUCAAGGUUUUGGAGAAAGUUUUUCCCGUCUCGCUGA